GAACUUCUGCUAGCGUUUUCGGAUUAAGAUGAUACUUGGGAGAAAUGAGCAGUGUCUUCCUGGUCAUAAAUAGCCUUCCAACACGCGUUUCUUUUAUUCUUCCAAAGAAAUGGCCCUUCUACAAUCAUCAAAACUCACCUAUCCUCAACAACAGACUAGUUUGUUGUCUUAUUUUACUCAUUUCCUUACAUUUUAGUUUGGCUUUGUACUCGCUAAACAAGGUCGGGUACUUAUUAGAGCGGGGACGUUUUUGAUCCAUCACCGCCCAUCUUUCCAGUGCUUUGUUGCAAUACGUCGUCGUCGUCGUUGUUUGUGGUAUUCUUUAACAUCGUUUCGCUUGAAUAACAUCAACAGCAUCACCAUCACCAUCAUCAUCAUCAUCAUCAUCAUCAUCGUCAUUAUAAUCUACCUCUUCAUUUACCUUGUUCAUAUUGCUGUGAUUGUUGUUGUUAUUGUUCUUGUUUCAUUACUCUCUGUCCUUGUCUAAUUUUUUUUUCCCCCUUGUUUAUUUCUUCGCAUUUUCUUGUCCUGCUGUUGUUGUUGUUGUUCGAGUCCAUUUAGAACUUAACCAAGACCUCAGCAAUGUCAUCGCCACCACCACCACCACCAUUGCUACCGCCGCCGUCACCACCAUCGCAACCCACGCAGUGAAACCACAAGAACCAUGGAAAUAAAGAGGAGAAUGUGAAGGGCACCAACACCUUCCCUCCCCUUCUUUUCUCCUCCUCCCCCACCCCCCGUUAUCACAGGAAAGAAAAGAGGGGGGCAACAGACAAAAACCCACAGCAUCGGUCAUGGACCCCCACCUCACUCCUACCUCCACCACCACCAAAAAAAGAAUGACUCGACGUGUGAACUUUGAACCUGCGACAACGAGGAGGACAUGGGUGAUAGCUGUAGUGAUAAUGGUGGUUGUUGUAUGUGGGGUGCUUGAGAAGGGCUUGUUUAAUAAUCAUGUAUCUGGAGCUUAACAACAACUAGAGCAAUAAUAAUAAUAAUAAUUCUGCUAGAACUGCAUCAUCAUCACCGCCAUCAACAUGAUGAUUAUCUGUACAUCAUCAUCAUCGUCGUCGUCGUCGUUAUGACCAACAAUACAAAACUGGAUGGUCACGGUUGUCUUUUGAUCACAAGACUGAUAAAAGCUGAUAUGAGAGGAUUAAUCAACGACUGCCGCUUCUGGACCUGUCGACAUCAACAAAUACACCGACCGACCGUUUAUUCUUCUCCUUUCUUUGUAGUUCUUUCCAGAUCUAUUCUAUCUUUUCCUCACCACAAAUUCAACUUUGUCCUGCCUCGCUAAAUACAAGCUGAAAGGUGGAUACAUUUACAGUCAUACCUCACCUGAAGACAACCCAAACUUACAGAUCAAAGAACCGAAACAAUUAUUGUCGUCAUCCUCAUCAUCAUCAUAAUUAGUGUCAUCAUCUUUUUGUUGUAAUCGUUAAUAAAUGGGAACAACUAUCAGCAAAUCUUUUCAAGACAACUCAGUGAAAAAUCAAAAGUAAUACUCAUUGUUCUGAUUGCUAAACUAAUUAAUUAAUUAAAACACAGCAGCUUAAUUAAAGCUGUGCGUGUGUCACCUGCUUGCUUGACCUGCUCGUUAUUGGAUUUCCCGCAUAUAGUUUCUUUGUCUUUAUUUACUUUAGGGAUUUCAUUUUUUUUUUAAACAUAUUUGUAAUCGGUUUCUUAUAAUAUUAAUAAUUAUUUGCAAAAGUUAGAAUAAGUAAAUGGUUGAUCUAAUGAUUGCUUAAGACAGAAUCUAAGCAGCCACCUUCCAAAGGAAUAAAGCAAGUUUCUAAAACAAAGACGGACAAUUCAUUUCUUAUAAACAACACGUAACACAUAUAUAUAGCACAUGUAUACACCUAUUCACACUGACAACCUCCAUGCAUGCACACACAAACACACAUGCAUACACACAUAUACACACAAAAACAUAUGCUAAAAGAAAAAUUAAAUAAAAGCAACACAAUUUUACGCAUACACACACAAUAACAUUGAUUUGUUGAAAACAUUUUGAUCUAAUUCCAAUCUGUAAAAGAGACAAUUCUACCUCAGUGUUUAAGGAAUAAACACCAUGAACCAGGAAUUAAAUUGUUGCCACAAUGGAACGCCUCCGAUGCCUUGGUUUGGCAUGGAUAUUGGAGGGACACUAACAAAGCUGGUCUACUUUGAGCCAAAAGAUGUGUCGGACCAAGGUGACACGGAACAGUUGGAGACCCUGCGCACAAUACGGAAAUAUUUGACUGGCAAUGUUGCAUAUGGCCAGACGGGCAUUCGAGAUGUCCACCUGGAGAUGCCUGACCAACACAUUGGAGGUAAAAGGGGCAGCCUCCAUUUUAUCCGAUUCCCGACCAAUGAUAUGAUGCGAUUCAUUGAAUUGGCUCGUUCGAAGAAUUUCUCCAAACUAGCAAAGGCAAUUUGUGCGACUGGAGGUGGCGCUUUUAAAUUUGAGUCGGAUUUCAAAGAGCAUGUUCAAUUGAAACUUCACAAAUUUGAUGAACUCGACUGCCUCAUUAAGGGUAUUAAUUACAUUGACCGCAACAACGACAAAUCAGAAUGCUACUACUGGAAAAACCCAGACAACUGUGACAAAUGUGAAAAGGUCACGUUUGAUUUUAGGGAUCCAUAUCCAUAUUUGGUCGUAAACAUUGGAUCUGGGGUCAGCAUUUUGGCUGUUCGUUCACCUGAUGACUACAAGCGUGUCAGUGGGACCAGUUUAGGUGGCGGCACCUUCCUGGGUCUUUGCUGUUUGCUAACCGGCUGCGAAACAUUUGAAGAAGCAAUACAGAUGGCCUCACAAGGAGACAGCACCAAGGUAGACAGACUGGUAAAAGACAUUUACGGUGGUGACUACACCAAGUUUUGUCUGUCUGGAGAUGCAGUGGCCAGCAGUUUUGGUCAUAUGAACCUGAAGGAGCGGCGUGACAUUGCUUCACGGCAUGACUUAGCCAAAGCAACCUUAGUGACCAUCACCAACAACAUUGGUUCCAUAGCAAGGAUGUGUGCAGUUACAGAGAAAAUGGAACGUGUUGUAUUUGUGGGUAACUUCCUCCGAGUAAACACAAUAUCUAUGAAACUGCUGGCAUAUGCUAUGGAGUAUUGGUCUGGAGGUUCCCUCAAGGCGUUAUUUCUAGAGCAUGAGUUUGGCUGGUAAUGUAGGCGGUGGUGUUACGGUGAAAUGCUUUCGUUUGUCAUAAAGAAUCCAUUGUAAAAUUGUGGCCAGCAGGAUGGAGCCUGCUGUUGUGAAGCUGCUCCAUUGAAGCAAUGACUGAUAAUGUAAUCCUAACGAGAGAUUGAUCACUGAUUGGUGAAAUUAAAAGUUAGAAUUUGAUUUUUACCAAUGUGUCUAACAUCACAGACAAUCACUCGCUAUGUUGCAAGGUAACUGACGUUCUUGCCUGGAGGAGCAAUCGAGGGAGAAGGUCAUCAUCAAUACUUAGAAACGAUGAGUCUUUUGUGGUUUUCAUUUUUGUGUCUGAAGAAUUUCGUUUUCCUAUUGUUUGACAUUUUCUUCAUCUACUACCAAUCUGCUAUGUAUAUAUUCACGCAUACAUAUACAUGCACAUGCAUUUAUGUAUAUAUAUGUAUAUACGCAUACGUUUAUGUAUACACACACACACACAUACAUAUAUGUAUAUGCAUAUAUAUGUGUGUGUGUGUAUAUAUUUAUAUAUAUAUAUAUAUACACACAUACACACGUGUAUGUGUGUGUGUGUUCGUGGGGAACACUGUAGGUUGAAUUAUGGAAUAAGAUAAAAUGAAAAAAAUUUAGUCAAAACAAAAAAAAAAAGGAGAUAAAUUUUCCAGGUUUAGUAUUUGAUGUGCACAUUACAUACAACAGGUGAGGUGGUUCACCAGGGAGGGGCAGCAGCCAUCAUGGAGGAGCAGUGGUCAUUAGGGAAGUGAGGUGGUCAUCUCACACUUUUAUGUUAAUUUGGUUUUAUUCUUUCUUGGAUUUUUGCCCCUGUCUGAUGCAGAGGCUAGACCCUGUUUUUUCAGGGAGUUUCACUCACUUUGGUUCAUAUUUGAUCUAGAAUUAUUAUGUAUGUCCUAGGCUAGUGUGCAAAAUCACAUGUUAAGUGAACAAGUGUGUGUGUGAUAGUGUAUUAUUCCACCUAUGUGUGAAUGGACAUGUAGAUGAGUGUGUUGAAGUGGGAAUACCCUUGCACACAUAGCCAUCCGAUUAUCCAAUAUCCUGUUAUCUAAUAACCAGUAAGAUUGGCUGAGACAGAUCUAUAAUACUCUAUACUUUGAUUAAUAUAUGAACAUUCUGUGUUUGUGGGUUAAUAUGUACAUAUAUAUAUAUAUAUAUAUGUAUAUAUAUCAUGUGAUCGGCCAUACUAUCAGAUGUUAUACACCGCUGGUCACAAUGCGCUUUGCAUUGUUUUAGCAUUUGAAUGAAGCCAACCCACUGGUUAGUCGAGCAGGCCAAUGUCCGUUCCCCUUGAUCAGAAUGUCUAAUCCAUUGCAGGGGUGACCCAUUUACAGCUGUGUGGACUGGAGCAACACUGAAAUGAAGUGUUUUCCUGAAGCACACAAAAUGCAGCUGGUCUGGGAAUUGAAACCUCAAUCUCACACUCAUGAGUGCAACAUACCUAACCACUAGGCCAUGUGCCUUCACACACACACACACACAUAUAUUUACAUAUACACACACACACACACACACACACUCACAUAUUCCUUAUCCUCCCCCUCUAACAGCAAUAAUCAAAUGUAUUUUGUUUCAAAAAUUUUUGUAAAUAUAAACCAAAACCAACCACAACAACAACAACAACAUUUGCUUAAAUUCAAUAAUGAAACCAAAUACAAAAAAAAAACAUAAAAGAUAUCUUAAAAGACUGCUUUGUUGUGACAUUAACUGAAUGAUUGAUCUUGUUCAGUUGUAUUGAUCUGCUGACCUGGGUGAAAAGCAUUUGAAAAA